GGGUUGAUUUGGAGAGCUGAUCAAAGAUGAGGGUUUAGCAAACCUAGACUGGCAUCUGUCCGGUCAUUGCUCUCUAAAUUCUGUUUGCUUAACCCCAGAAGUUGUAGAAUGUGCCAGUGCACUCGCAAUCUUCAUCCUGAGCUCUAAUUCAGACAGAAAACAGGGUCUGUUUGGCCUGCUGUGUGUCACCCUUCCAAGUUCUUGGAGGUUAACUUGGAGGGAGCCUUGGAGUUUAACUAGGCUCAGGUGCCAUUUCAAGAGUUUGCAGUUUGUUUGACAUUUGGAACAAGUUGAAUUUGCAGUUGAACUCCUACUUGAGCAUUGAGACUGCAUUGCAAGCAAUGCAGCACACAGUGAGUGCACGUUUUAGUCACUCAGUGCCACUUCAGCGUGCAUCUUUGUAAGCGUGCUGUGUGCUUUGCAGGUGGACGUGGACAGCACUUGCUGUGGACCUGGUUAUGUUAAACAGCAGUCCAUAGGGAAGAGGAAAGCACUGUGAAGGUUUUUCAGGAUAACAUUAUUUAUUUUUUAUUGUUGCAUUUUGAUAUAUUUUCGACAGUUCAAAUCAUUUAAAUUCUAAUAGGUUAUCAAGCUCAGUAAGCCUAUGGAGAAAGAAUUAGGAGAGGAUUCCAGGGCAGAGUACCAUAGACCUUCUAGGAGAGAAAAUUCAUUGCCUGUCACAUUGUAUGAUUUCAGUCCUUUUUUGUCUCAGCUGUCUUUAUUCCAUUGCAAUAAUGAUAUCCUUAUGGAUUUCUCAGUGUAUUUCUUCAUAAGUUGCUGUUGGUCUUUGUUUGUUUGUUUUUUAAUUGUUUUUCUCACAGUUACUAAGGGCUGUGAGUUGGUUGUUUUGGGUUUGUUUUUGGUUGUUUUUUCCAUCAGAUGUUAGUGAAGGUGAAGAUAUUAUCUGUGUAUUUCUGGUGUUAAAGAUAGGGCAUUGAAUUUGGAGAAAAGAACAUUGCUUCCCACAUGAGUACAGAAGUUAACUUAUUUAACUUGUGCAUGGUUCCCUUUUGUGCCCAGGUGUGAGGACCAGGCAUCUCUUGUGCCUGUUCCAUAAAAUCAUGGUGAUGUUUCAUGUUUUGAACCCUUUGGUUUUAGGAAGACUUUGUUAAUGUUGAUAUUAAUUGCCAGCACAUAUGGAUAGGUCUGAGUUGGGAAGUUUUCAAGCAUUACUGAGCAAGACAGAUGGGAGCUACCAACAGUUCUGGUAGUAGGGAUGUGUGAAAACUCUAGGCUUCCUUACUGUGUUGUUUGUCAUCUGGCAGCGUUUUCAUCUGCUUGGAGCUACCAUGAAUGUUAAUUUAGUACAAUGCAGGACCUUGCUGCUGAGCUCACUGAAAUGAUGGUGUGAAAUGCUAAGCAGUGCUGAAAGCAGUGUGUGUUAAAGUGCAGCAUCUGUGAAUGCUGAGCUGCCCUUCUGGGACGCUGUGCAAAAUGAUGUAACUGAGUGAAAAGGCUCUGCAGGAAUAAAUCUCAUCUUCUCCCUUGUUGUAGCUCAGUGUCACCACAGCAGAACUUUCAUGAGGCUUGUGUAUGAAGCUUACUUCACUGCGUGGUUGGAUUGUGUUGUAUGGAAAAGGGUUUUGACUGUAACAGCUACAGAUACUGAGGUUUUAUUUUGCUGUCCUGAGCCUGUGCUUCAGCACUGCUACAAAGAGGGAACACUUAAGGAAGCUUUGAAUGUUUCUGGGGAUUCCAACAGGAAAAUUUUCUUGCUCUUGUGUCUGGGGAGCUCCUCAGGAUGGCAAGUAAAGGACCUACAACUUCUGCAUCAACAAAGAGCUCCAGUGCUGGAGGGACCAGUGGCAGCAGCAGCAGUAAUGGUGCUGGGGACAACACUAAUCAGGACAACACUUUUGAGUGUAACAUCUGUUUAGACACUGCCAAGGAUGCAGUUAUCAGCUUGUGUGGACAUCUCUUCUGCUGGCCUUGUUUACACCAGUGGUUAGAAACCAGGCCAAACAGACAAGUGUGCCCUGUUUGCAAAGCAGGAAUCAGUCGAGAUAAAGUUAUUCCUCUGUAUGGAAGAGGCAGCACUGGACAACAGGACCCCAGAGAGAAAACUCCACCACGACCCCAAGGACAGAGACCUGAACCAGAGAACAGAGGGGGGUUCCAAGGCUUUGGGUUUGGAGAUGGUGGCUUCCAAAUGUCAUUUGGAAUCGGGGCGUUUCCCUUUGGUAUAUUUGCCACAGCAUUCAACAUAAAUGAUGGGCGACCUCCUCCAGCUGUUCCAGGGACUCCUCAAUAUGUGGAUGAGCAGUUCCUAUCCCGCCUCUUCCUGUUUGUGGCUCUGGUGAUUAUGUUCUGGCUGUUGAUUGCGUAAAUCGUUUCCAUUAUUCUGAAUACUCAUAGCCAGAAAGGCUACUGAAACAGUUACAAACUGCUUCCCAUCCCAUUUUAAACCUCCUGGUGUCUGGUUCCGUAGCUAAUGACGGGUUUCAGAAAUUGGUGGUACUGCAGCACAGUGAAGAAUCUCACAUUUUUGCACCACAGUUGGAAAUUAAACAUUGGUUAAAACGUA